CCGCCUCCGUGCGGCGGCCCGGCCCGCGGGGUCCCCGAGCUCGGGCGGCGGAGCUGCGGACGCGCCCUCGGCCUCCUGCCCCGCGGCGCUGGCCUGACCCCCGGCUCGCGCCCCGCAGGUUCUUGCCUUUCCAAACAGAGAGGGCAGUGCAUGAAGCCAGGGGUCAUCAGCCAUGCUCCAGACAGUGUGGCCCCAGGGGCCAGUGACCUUUGAGGAUGUGGCCGUGUACUUCCCCCAGAGUCAGUGGACCAGCCUGGACCCCAUGCAGAGGGCCUUGUACCGGGAGGUGAUGCUGGAGAAUUAUGCAAACAUAACUUCCUUGGCAGCAUUUCCAUUCCCCAAACCAGAUCUGAUAUUCCAGCUGGAGCACGGGGAAGCACCAUGGGGCCUGGAUCCCUGGAUACCCAUCGAGGGAGAGGCCUUGGGAUGUGUCCACCCAGGUGGUAAAAACAAGACUGAGAAUGAGGAGCAAACCCCAAGACUGAACAUUUCCGAAGACUCAGUGGUCCACAGGCUGAUGGUGGAGGGGCUGCUCAGAGAAGCUCCCCAGCCCCCUCACCAUAAGGAUAGCUUAGAGAAGCCACAGCUGUGUGACAUAGGGGAGAAAACAAACAAAGGAGUUUUCACAGACUUGCUGGCCCAGGAUUACAAAUCCUCCAGCAUUGAAAGAGAGGAGACAGUCAGGCAACUAGAAGGAAAUGCUGGUGUCAGCACACAUUUCCUUACACAGCAGGGCCUCCCCAGAGGACAGGCAGUUUAUAAAUGUGCAUGUGGCCGGUAUUUCAGUCAACACUCAGACCUUCUCCAGCAUCAGAGGAUUCAUACUGAUGACCAGCCCUACAAGUGCAAAGAAUGCGGGAAAGCCUUCAGGUAUAACUCAAAACUAUUCCGGCACCAGAAAACCCACACCGGGGAGAAACCUUACUCAUGUCAGGAAUGUGGACAGGCCUUCAGUCAAAAUUCCCACCUCCUUCAGCACCAGAAACUCCACGGUGGACAGAAGCCCUAUGCAUGUAAGGACUGUGGGAAAGCCUUCAGCUACAACUCAAAACUCAUCCGGCAUCAGCGAAUCCACACCGGGGAGAAACCCUUUAGGUGUAAGGACUGUGGGAAGGCUUUCAGGUGUGGCUAUGACUGCAUUGUCCAUGAGCGAAUUCACACCGGGGAGAAGCCGUACGAAUGUCAGGUGUGUGGGAAAAGUUUCAGUUCAAAUUCAGUCCUCGUUCAGCACCAGCGAAUCCACACCGGAGAGAAACCGUACGAGUGUAAGGAGUGUGGGAAAGCCUUCCGCCGAAGCUCGGUAUUUCUCCAGCACCAGAGGCUCCACACGGGGGAGAAGCUCUACAAAUGCAAAGAGUGCUGGAAAACUUUCAGCUGUAGCUCACGCUUUAUAGUACACCAGCGAAUCCACACUGGGGAGAAGCCCUAUGGCUGCCUGGAGUGUGGGAAAGCAUUCAGUCAGAAGGUAACCCUGGUCCAACAUCAGCGGCUCCACACAGGGGAGAGGCCUUACGAGUGCAAGGUGUGCGGGAAAGCCUUCAAGUGGAGCGCAAGUUUCAUUCAGCACCAAAAGUUGCAUGCUCGCAAGAAAGUGGCCCAAGUGACAGGGCCAGCCACACUGGGGCCCCGCUGCCCCUCUUCUAGCUGCCCCCCUCUGCCUGCCCCACGUGUGCACUCUGCCCCCACCGUGCCAGGGGCUGCCUCAGCUUCCCCACAUCCCAUGCUCCUUCCUCCCUCCAUGCCUGUCUUUGUGCUGCUCCCCUUGUCUGAAAUGGCCAAUUCUUCACCUGUUCAAAUAGUGCCUUUCUUUCAGGAUCUCACUUCCCCUGGGAAGUCCUCCACUGGGAGCCCAAAUCCUUUGUCCCGCUCCCCCUGAGCUCCCUCACAUCCUCCACCACCUACCCACCUAGACUUAUCAGUUUCCCUGGGCUCCUGACCAUGUCUGUGUUGUUUCUCCUCUCAUCUUCCCAACUCCAUUUUUGUCCUCACACUGAAGAACUGGGUUUGAUUCCUCUCUUCCAUGCCCUGGGUAAGAAAUGGUAGGUGUUGUCCUUUACAGUUUCCAGUUUGGGCCUGUACCAUCAGUCUACUAGAUUUGGUAGAGUUUACAGAACAUUUUGGGGCUUAGGGAGAUGGCAUUCCAAUGGCAUAGCCUGUUGUAAUUCAAGAGAGAGGAGAUUCAAAAGCUGUGGGAGGAGGUAAUGAGAGAAAGUAUCCAGUGAUUGCUUUCAGAAAUUAAGGAGGCUCAUUUGGUGGGGCAGUAGCAAGGCUCGCUGUGUGGAAUCUGAGCCUGGAACUUCUUAUUACCUUGAUAAUGACCAUUAUGAGGAUCCUGUGUAACUAGGCAAUAGACCGAGGAAACCACCAGUGAAAAGAAUAUGAAGUGAUGAGUCAGCAUUGGUAGCAAUGUAAAAUCAUGUCUCUAAACCUCUUUGGAAGGGGAUGUUUCUGUUUGGGUUCCUUUUCUAUUCCUGUCCACAUCUUUGUUUAAUUUCAGUGCCCACUCAGAUAUGUAGGUAUGAAAAGUGAUUUGGGCCUGUCUAGUAGAGGGCAGGUGCCUGGUUAUAGCCAUCUUUCAGUUAUACAUGGAAUGAACUUGGCAUCAUGCUGGCGAGCCUCUGAGGAAAGGUGAGAAACCUGACCCUGACUUACUGUAGCUCCUGCCUCAGAGGAAAGAUCAUAAUUAAUCAUACACAUACUUGGAUGUAUUCUCACACCUAUUCCACAUCCUCUGAUUAAAUCUGAAUUUUUGAGUCCUGGUACUUUUUUUUUUUUUUUAUGAUAGUCACACACAAUGAGAGAGAGAGAGGCAGAGACAGGCAGAGGGAGAAGCAGGCUCCAUGCACUGGGAGCCUGACGUGGGAUUCGAUCCCGGGUGUCCAGGAUCACGCCCUGGGCCAAAGGCAGGCACCAAACCGCUGUGCCACCCAGGGAUCCUGAAUCCUGGUACUUUUUUAAAAUAUUUUUUUAUUUAGCCAUUUGACAGAGAAAGGGAGAGAGAGAGGGCACAAGCAGGUGGAGUGGCAGGAAGAGGGAGAGGGAGAAGCAGGCUCCACACUGAGCAGGGAGCCUGAUGUGGAACUUGAACCCAGGACCCCAGGAUCAUGACCUGAGCCAAAGGCAGACGUUUAACCAACUGAGCCACCCAGGCACUCCUGUUUAUGGACUCUAAUUUUACCAGAUGUUUUGAUGUCACUGGUUUAGUUAUACUGUUCAUCUAAUGGUAUGGGCCCUGAUCCUUCUCACAAUCACUGCUUCAGGACCGUGUAGCAACAUAUGGAAACGUACUUUACAUAGUUAAGGAAUUUAGCACUAAGGAAAGGAUAUGUACGCUGUUAUGAUAACACCAUACUAUUAUGUCUGCAAGGGAGGGCAUAAAGAAACAUUUUUGGUUAGGCUUAUUGAGAUAUACUUCAUAUCCUUUACCCUUUUUUUAAAAUUUUUAAAAGAUGUAUUUAUUUAUUUAUGAUAGAGAGGGACAGAGACACAGGCAGAGGGAGAAGCAGGCUCCAUGCUGGGAGCCUGACAUGGGACUUGAUCCUGGGACUCCAGGAUCGUGCCCUGGGCCAAAGGCAGGCGCAAAACCACUGAGCCACCCAGGGAUCCCCGCUUUACCUUUUUAAAGUAGACAGUUUGGUGAACUUUGACAAAUGAAUACAGUUGUGUAUCCAAGGUACAGUUGUGUAUCCAAGGUAAAGAAAAUUUCCAUCACCCUCAGCAUAGGGAGAAAUUUAAAUGGUUUGUGGGAUGUUGGAGGUUUUUCUUUAUUUUCUUCCUUGAUAAGAUUUGUGUAAUACAUAUAAUUCAGCAGAAGAAAAGGCAGAAACCAAACUUACCUUCAGGGCUUCCAGACUCUGCAAAAUGCAAAGAUCCCUCACCUAGAAUCAGUUUUAAGAAAAGCAGUCAAGGGAUCCCUGGGUGGCGCAGCGAUUUGGCGCCUGCCUUUGGCCCAGGGCGCGAUCCUGGAGACCCGGGAUCGAGUCCCACGUCGGGCUCCCGGUGCAUGGAGCCUGCUUCUCCCUCUGCCUGUGUCUCUGCCUCUCUCUCUCUCUCUCUAUGACUAUUGUAAAUAAAUAAAAAUUAAAAAAAAAGAAAAGCAG